AUGGCGUCAAUUGAUAAUAUUAAUGAAGUACUUUCUUUAUGUAACAAAGGUGAACCGGUAAGAAAUUCUAAAAUUCUUAUUGAAAAAUCUUUUUUGGCUAUUUUAUCUUCUCCUACAACUCCAACAAUUUUUACAAAAGAAAAUUUAAAUCACUUUAUUUUGUUAGUUACAUUAUUGAGGCCAUCAGUUUUGUCAAAUGCUCCAAAUAUUGAAGAAAUAUUAAAUAUAUAUCAUACAAAUUUAACAAAAGAAUGGAAUGAUUCGUAUUUAAACGCUGUAAUAACACUAUGUUUUGGUGUAGCAAUGAAAGGACUACGAGUUUCAAAAAAAAAAUUACCAGAAUCAUUAGAACAUGUCAAUGAAGAUGAUGUAGUUAUGGAAUCCUUAAAUAAUAGAGCAAUUCAUUACAUUAAAUUUGUAAUAAUGGAAUCACAAGAAUUUUAUUCUUCUAUAAAUGGUCCACAAGCAAUUGAUAAAUUGUUUAAAGAUUUUAUUACUUAUUUUCCUAAAAUUGUAAACUACAUUUUUGAGUUAUGUGAAAAUGAAUUAUUUUCAUUAGAAAAAGAAACUGCCAUUGACUUUGAACAGCCUGAAUUAAAUUUUGCCACAUUACUUUCAGCUAUGUCAAAUCUUUUUGAAAAUAAUUGGGAAGGUAGAGAUAAAUGUAUUGAAGAGUAUUUUUCUAACCGAAAAUCAAAAAUUUUUCAAUUUGUUAUUUCUGGACAAUCAAUUACAUCACCUCAUUUAUUUAUUGUAUAUUUAGAUUUUUUAAAAUUUCUAACAAUAACAGAAGACAUUGCAAAAAUUAUAUAUGAAAUGUUUAUGAAUCCUAUGGUUGAGGAGACUUUUUGUGACUGGAAUGUCUAUUUUAAUUCAAUCAUUUUUUAUAAAAAUUUAUAUGUGAAAAACAAAACAAUGGUUGCAUUGAAUCCUUCCUUCCAGGGGAGACAAGGAUAUCAAGUAAUUGGGCAGACAUUACCAUCAGUUGGAAUAAAGCCACAUGAAUUAGAGGGUUUAACAGCUUGGUCAAGAUUUUCUGAAACAAUAGCAUUGAAAUGUAGUGAUUUUCGAAAAAUUGUUCUUGAAUAUGAACAAUGGAGAGCAGUUGAUAAUAUGUGUGGUUUAUUAAUGGAAGAUAUCCCAAUUCAAUUAAAAGGAUGUUUGUAUAGAUUUUUAGCAUCAUUAGUUAGCGAUGAAAAUAGUGUUACAUUAAUUUGGAAUUAUUUGUUGAAAGGAAAAUCUUUAACCUCUGACAGUAACACAUUGUUUUUUGAAGAAGAUCUCGAUAAAAAGGAAAUACCAAUAAUGGUUUAUGAUGCUUCAUUAGGAAUUUAUCUUUCUUUUGUAACAAAACGAAUUAUUGGUGAGGCAGGUGAAAGAUCAUAUGAAAAAAUUGAACAAAUGUGGGGUUUAUUGACAACUUCUAUAAACUGUUUGUAUGAAUUAUUAAGAGAUUAUUUUGUUGAUUCAAAUGAAGUAGUUAAUCAAUCUGUUGAAGUUGCCUUACUUAUGCAAUUACUUAAUGAAUCUUCACUUUCAAGAUCAUUAAGUAAAAUCAUCGUCAAUUCGGCAGAAGCAUUCUCUUCUGGAAAUCCAAAAUGUGUCUAUAGAGUUGAAUUAUCACUUGCAUCAAUAAGACUUCUUCAAACAGCUUUUGCUUUACAUUCCUCAUUAAAAACAUUACUUAGACAAGUUGAGUCUUCUGCUAUCAUCUCAUCUUUGGAUUCAAUAUUAUUAUCUAAUUUGUAUUGUCUACCAAAUGUAUCAUAUUUAUCAGUACUUUUAACAUUCGUUAACAACAAUGAUCAAUAUGUUAGGCAUACUUUUUAUGUAAUGAAAAUUUUACGUGAUUUAAUUUCUGUUAGACCAUCUCCACAACAAAGACUUGUUCAUGUUUUAAUGUCACAAAAAAAUUUUUUGCAAGAACAAUUUUAUGGUUUAUCGGAAAUUGAUAACAAAGAUUUUGAACUUGGUUUCAAUCAACUUCCUUUAGAAGAUCUUACAAAUGUUUCAACGGCAAGAAUAAGAGGAGAAAUCAUUCGUUUGAUAAUAGAAAUUUUUGUUGAUUCUGUUAACUCAUCAUGUAAAGGAACAAAUAUUACAUUUUUAUUACUUAAUUUUGAUAUGAGUUCAAUGAUUGCAUUAUCAUCUUUAAAAGAGAUGGCUUCUGCUGAUUUAAUGGCUUCAACUGUAUCACCUUUACGUGGUUUUGUUGAUAUUAUAAAUACAUUGAUAGAAGAUGAAAAUCCAUUUUUGGCAUCUACUGCUCCUUUGUAUGAACCUAUUCUAAGACUUUUCUUAGCAUUAUCAUCUAUGGAAACUAAUAUUUCAACAACAUUCCUUAGGUACUUACGUGGUCAUCAUGAUUUAAUAUAUAGAUUGACAGCUUGUGCUGGUUUUCGUGGAUCUAAUGAACAAUUUGAACCGUCAAUGCUUUGUAUACAUAAUUUAAUACGUUCUAACAUUCUUAAUCUUAUUGCAGUUGAAAUUAGAGCAUUGUUUAAACAAGGAAAUAUUUCUGUACCUGAAAAGUAUUAUGAAGCACUGUUUUGUGGAAACUCAUCAGAUGAUGAUGAUGAUUUUUCAGGAAAUUCAAAUUUUUUAAUCAGUCUGUUUGUUAAUAUGCCUCUAUUUGAAUAUCAAGAUUUUGAGGAACCAAAUGUUCCUGACUUUUUGCAGGGAAAAAUUGAUAAAAUAUUUUCACAAUCAAUUCGUGAAGCAUCUCUUGGGGUUAAACAAAUAGAUUUAGAUUAUCUGAAACACCAGUUAGAAGUGGCUUACAGUUUAAAUAAUUAUGAAAAAAAGACAAACUCUAGUGUUUCUUUGUUUGAAUAUCAAGCAUUUCUAGAAUAUGCUACAAUUAAAAAUCAGGCUCUGAUGAUUGAAUAUUCCUGUAAUACAUUAAAAGAAAGCGUAUUAUCAAUUGUAAAUAUAAUCACUGAAUAUACUCCUAAUUCUUUCAUGUCAAAUGAGGCGCAAGAAGGCUUGAUUUCAGAUUGGAUUUUUUGUUUUAUUCGACAUGUUAUUUGUAACACUGAAAAUGAAAGUAGUUGUAACAUCUUUGCACUAACAAUUAUGAAACUUUGUAAUUCAUUGUGUAAAGUAUCAACAAUAGCAUUAACAGAAGAAGAUGGUUCUAAUUCUAAGAUUGUAGAUAUAGUUGAAGAUUUGUUUAAAUGUAUUAGUCAAAAUGAAUUCCAAAAAUAUGUUGUUUUCAAAAAGUAUAUUUAUUCUACUAUUGUAUUACUAUUAACAAUUAUUAAAAAGAAAACAUAUGAAAAUGCUGAGAAAAAUACCAAUGAUUCGAUAGUGGAAUUUUUUGAAUCUAAAAAGACAACAGAUACAAUUUUGGGACAAUUAAUUUCUGAAAGAGUUUAUGAAUUAGUUUCGUCUAUUGUAAAGGAUAUUAAUGAAGCAUCAGAUAUUUUAGAAUUACCCGCUUUGUCUGCAUUAAACUGCUUAAUUGCGGCUAGUUAUCAAUCUGCUGACAGUGUCGUUCAAGAAUUUAUUUCUACUGGAUGCUUAAGAAGUGUUUUAGAUUCACUUACAUCAAAAGAAGAAGAUGAAAGGGAUUGGUCUUUGAAGGUUAAUAGUGCUUUGUUUGCUGCCAGAAUUAGUCUUUUAAUACGAAUCGGGUCAUUAGAAUGUGGAUGGUCAGUUUUAAGUUGUUUUAAUAUAUUUGAAAAAUUGGCAUCCAUGAAAAUAUGGUCCAAUGUACCGGAAGCUUUUUAUAUUGAUACAAAAUUAGCUUUGAAACCCGGAAAUUAUGUUUAUGAAUAUCUGCAACUACUUAAUAUAUGUCUUCGUUUUAUUUUUGUUAUGCUUUCAAAUCCAAAGUGGCGUCAAAUUUCAUUGAAUGUUAUGAAUUUUAUUGUGUCAUUAAGACCAAUAUUUGAUCAAUUAAUUUAUAGUCAAGUUCCACACCCAAUUUUAUAUGUCAUGAGAUCUAUAACAUCUUUUAUUUUUGUAGCGGAUAAAAGUGUUGACGUUCCUGAAGAUUUGGUAAACUUCUUAGAUGUCGAUAUCAAUGACGAGGAAUUUCCUCCUUUGAGUUUGGAGGAUUCCAAAAAGUCUUCAACUUUUUAUUAA